CACGAACUCGUAAAUCUCGCAAUAUCGCUGGAUAAUACAGAGAGCCGUGGAUCGUUUUACACUGAGCAGCGUGUCACACUGUGGACUGUUGACGCCCCCCCACUAGGAGACUGCGGGUGGGGGGGCAGGGUAGUGUCCACCGCCAGGCCAGGGGGAAGGACAUGUCCGGUGGCCCCGGACGAGGCCACGGGAGCCUGAACCAGUUAGGUGGGAUGUUUGUGAACGGACGUCCGCUUCCGGAAGCGAUCCGCCAGCGCAUUGUGGACAUGGCCCACCAGGGCGUCCGCCCCUGCGACAUCUCCCGCCAGCUGCGCGUGAGCCACGGCUGCGUCAGCAAAAUCCUCGGCCGCGCAAUAGGUUUGUUUACAGCAGCAGCACCACCACGAACAUGUACUACGAGACGGGCAGCAUCAAGCCAGGUGUGAUCGGAGGCUCCAAGCCCAAAGUUGCCACCCCCAGGGUGGUGGAGAAAAUAGCCGAGUACAAGCGACAAAACCCCACGAUGUUCGCGUGGGAAAUCCGUGACCGGCUCCUGGCCGAGGGUGUGUGUGACAGCGACACGGUGCCCAGCGUGAGCUCCAUCAACAGGAUCAUCAGGACGAAGAUACAGCAGCCGUUCAACCUGCCCCUGGACCCUGAAGGACUGAGCCCCGGACACACACUCAUUCCUAGUUCUGCGGUGACGCCCCCUGAGUCACCGCAGUCAGACUAUCUUGGCUCCGCCUACACCAUCACCGGGCUUCUGGGAAUCGUAGCGGUCGGUGCCGAGGGCAAGAGGAAGCAGGACGACAGUGAGCAGGAGAGCUGCCAGCACAGUGUGGGUUCCCAGGGCAGAGCUCACGGCUCCAGGAAGCAGCAGAGACUGGAGAUCCUGCCUCCUCGACACCUGGAAGGACUCGACUGCGCGUUCGAGCGGCACCGUUACCCCCCCGAGGCCUUCGUCUCAGCGGGGCGGAGGAAAUCAGAGCAGCGGAAGCCUGGAAGACAGGAAGAGCGGCCUCUCGGCGUCGAGCUCAGGCAUCGGGCGCAACCCCGCUGCGCAACAGGGCUACUCCGUGGUAGCGGGCAGAGACGUGGUGAGCUCAGCGCUUCCUGGUUACCCCCCUCACCCCACUCACCUCCCCAGCAGCGCUCAGGGGGGCAUCAGCAGCGUGGUCACAGGCUCCAAUUACUCCGGCGCAGCGUACACACACUCCCCCUAUGCCUCCUACGCCGAGGCGUGGAGAUUCACCGGCACGAGAAUUCUGGGGUCACCCUUUUACUACAGCUGUGCCUCACGCGCUGCACCCUCCUCGACGGCGGGCUACGAUCACCCUUAGCGACCGCGAGGAAGAGUGAUCGGCGACCCGCGUUGACCUCUCUUGACCGAGAUGAAGAACCGCAAUCGAUGACGUACAGUCAUCGUACAGCGAUCGCAGUUCAAGACCGCGACCAAGGGCCGUGGUCAACAGUCUACACUCACCUCUAGUGACGCUCUAGUGACCACGACCAUAGAUCGGGGGUGCACGUUCACCUCUUGAGACUCCAGUGAGGACCACGAAUCACGGGUCAUCAUUAGUCAGGGCUCAUCGCUGUAUGCGGUGAAGGAGCACCGUGACCAAGACCGUUUUAUACGUUUCGGAGAUGAAGAGAAGAAGAAACCGAAGGCGGGUACUGGUCCACGGUGCAACACCGUAGCAGAGUCUUGGGGUCGGGGGUGUUCGGUAGAGCUGGGAACAGAACCGAACCCAAAUUCCUCCCCUAACGGAACUGGAACUCAACACAGGACCUUCACCGGGUACUCUGAUGACCGCAUUCCUCGUUGGCCACCCGCGUGUGGAAAUGCCCACGGUACGAUCACGUAUGACCUGCUCACAAAGACGCAAAUUGUUACUGGUACAGUUUUUAUCGUUGAAAAUCAUUUGCCCUUUUUGCUUUUAUUUAUAUGUCGACCAGGUUCUUCUUAAUGAUGGGUCUCUGGAAAGGGCUUUUAAAUCACUCGUGAACCUGGGUUGGGGGGGCACCUUAGGAUCAAAAUAGCAAGAAAUUCCAUCGUUGCCCAAACUGCCAGCGAUCACACUGACUCUACAUUGCACCGCUGGACCAGAAUGGGUGUCUGGGCAGGACAGGAGUCACUUACCUGCACAGCUUCCUAACGCACCUGUGACUGGUGCAGGGAUCUAAUGAGUGUAACGGGGUGCGAGGGUGGGGUCAUCAAGUGCAUUUACCGAUGGAACCGCACACCUCUUCACCACACCGUAUGGGCCGCGACUGUGCCACCCUGAAAAUCCCCCAAAUCUUUCUGCACUGGGUACCUGGUUUCUGUCACACACACACACACACACACACAUGCACGCACACAGUGAGGAACAAUUUGUGCAAGACAAACACUCAAGAGGCUAGGAACUUUACCUCUAGAACAUCUUUUUGGUCACAGUGAUGUGUCAUAAAGGCUGAAAUUAAGAUCCCCAUAUUGGUAUUUUGACAUGUAAACACACACACACACACACACACACAC